UGCUAUGAGAGAAAGAGGCUUUGACGAGCAUCGACCCAGUCAGUCCGUCAGUCGCAGUCUGGAGAAAUACUCAAGACGUACUUUUUUAUUUAUAUAGCCUAUAUUUUUAACAAACUGGAUUGUCAAUCGUCUGGUAAAACUGCAGCCUCGGAUUUCAACAACAUCUGCUUUUAAACGGAGAAAGCCCACCAAAUACUCAACACUUCAUCGUUGAAUCCCGAAUAUAUAUAUACAUAUAUAUUCAAUGACCCAGGAGUUUGUUUAUUAUUAUCAAAUGAUCUCUAAUGACGGCGUCGAUGAUAAUAAUUAAAUGCUAAUUUAUUCCUAACGGCGAAGCGGCUUGUUUUAAGCAUGAGGCAUAAAUAAUGUUCAGCACUUGCUCGGAUGGGAGACCUUUCCAGUCUUUCUCUACAAACUUGGAGGAUUUUGAUUCGAUAAGGAGUGUGCUUCUGUACAGUGAUCUGGAGCCGGAAUGGCUGGAUGACGUCCAGAAGAACGGUGAGCUCUUCUAUCUGGAGUUGAGUGAUGGAGAAGAAGAGGCUCUACUGGCUCAGGUCUCCGCCAAUCACUCCGCUGCCACCAAUCAUGUGCGCUUCAGUGAAAAGGAGGCGGAGAUUAUCACGGAUGAUGCAAAAAAGCAGUCAAACUCCGGCAACAAAUCUGAAGCAAAGCUCAAAAAGCUGACGAAGAUCUUGAGACGGAAGCGGCGACCAUCUCAGAGAAAAGCUGAGGGGAAAGACUCUUCCCAGCGUCCCGCGUCCAUCCUGAAGAAUCAGGCGGGACAGAGGCCUGGAGUGGUGGUUCAGCAGAAGCGUCUGAAGGAUGUGUGUGUGUAUCUGAACCCCAAACGCCUCAGCAGCGUCUCGUCUUCAUCUGGUGACAGAGGCGGACUGCUGGAGGCUUUACUGGGGGUCGUUCACAGACCUGGAGGAAAUACGGGGAAAAGAGGAGGAAAGCUCAUCAUCCAUGGACUCAUCCCUCAUAGUCCUGCUAGCAAGUGUGCCGAGAUUCUUAUUGGUGAUGCUCUGGUCGCUGUGGAUGAUGUGGAGGUCACGUCAGAAAACAUCGAGAGGGUUUUAUCUUGUAUACCAGGCCCCAUGCAGGUGAGGUUGACCCUGGAAACGGUGUGUCCGGCCGGCGUGUCUCCAGACUUCAAGGUUCCAGCAUCUCCUCAGGUCAGUCAGCUCGUGCGUCUGCUGUGGGGCGAAGACACGGUGGAGCUGCAGAUGUCCAUCGCCGACGUCCCGCACAUCGCCAUGUUCCUCUCGCUCAGACUGGACUCAGAGACGCAGCAGGAUGAGCAGGAGAUUGUGUACCACUAUCCUCAAUCUGAAGCUUCCGCUCAGCUCAAAGCAGUGAGAGGGAUUUUCCUGACGCUCUGCGACAUGCUGGAGAACGUCACCGGCGGGCAGAUCGUCAGCUCCUCUCUGUGGCUCCAGCAGCAGUUGGUUCAUGUGGGCUACUGGAAGGAAGAGUCCAAUCUGCUGGUCAUCGCUGUACCGGCCAGCAGGGUUCCUCUGCUGUAUCUCCAGACUGUGGUUGAGGGAGUCGUGAGAACACUAAAAGUCAUGUACGGCUCUCUAGACAGAGGCUUCAGCGAUGUGGAAAACGCUCCUCGUCUGGAUCAUUUCUUCUGCCUCUUCUUUCAGCAGCUCAUUCAGCCCUCGCGCCUGAUCCACAGCUCCAGGGCACCUGACCUCUCCGGGUCGCUGUUUUUAGAUGGACUGCCGGCCGUCCGCUGGCUCACCUUACCCCCGGACAUAAAGGUCGAGGUGGACACUGUCCUGUCAGACUUUGAGUCGUCAGAUUUCGGGGACAUGUCUGAGGAUUUCUACGGCAUGAGGCGUCUGUAUGUCAUUCUGGGCUCCUGUCUGUUUUAUAAGGGAUAUCUGAUCGCAAACCACCUGCCGAAAGAGGAUCUCCUGGACGUGUGUCUGUACUGUCAGCACUACUGUCUGCUGCCACUGACAUCAGAGCAGCGCGUGGCACAGCUGGUGGUGUGGAGAGAGGUGUUUCCUCAGCGCAGAGAGACCAGAAACAGCUCUGCACAUCCAGGAUACUGCCAGCCGCACGCUCGACACUUCCUGCUCAUAGUGGGCCUGAGGCACUUCAUGCAGUGUGUGCUGCUGGAGGCGGGUGGCUGUGCGUCCUCUGCUGCAGGACGUCCCGCUCCAGACUGUGUGUAUGUGGAUCAGGUGAAAGCCACGCUGCUUCAGCUGGAGAGUCUGGAUGCCGGCAUCGAGGAGCGACUCUCAGCUCCGCCCACCCCAUGCCUCUCCUGCGCUGACUGGUUCCUGCCUGCUGGUGGGCGGAGCCAGCAGGACAUUAUCGGCAGCUCCCCGAUCCUCAAUAGGCUGACGGCAGCAAUUAAACCCCCGUCACCAAGUGGAAUAGGGCGGAGUCUGUUCGGGGAGGCGGGGCCAGCCGGUAUAAGAGGACGCAGAACGAGUCCUCAGAGGAGUCAGUCUGACAGCGGCAGCGAGGGUCACGCUGACGGGGCGCCCUCUAGUGGAGCUCGCAGAGAUUCACUCGGGUCUGGGGGGUCGGACGGCAGCUUGGGCAGCGCUGGGUUUCUCAAGAUGCCCAGGUUAAAGCAUCCGAACCCAUUUUAUCUGGGCUCUCUGAGGAAGAGUCUGAGCGAGCGAGAGACGGAGGAGAUGCAGAGCGUCCUGCAAGUGACGGCGGGUGCGGAGAACACGCUCUUCCACUAUGUGCUGAUGGAGUCAGUGCAGGGCAUCUUCAUCGCUCCCACACACGCAGAGAUCCAUCAUCUGAGCGGCUCCAUCCACCCGCAGCUCAUACACAACUUCCAGCACUGCUGUCUGUCCAUCCGCCAGGCCUUCCAGCAGAGCCUGCCCACACGGGAGCGUCGAGGGCCAGAGCGGCACAGCACUGCAGGUUUGGGUCCCGUUAAAGAGCACGGAGUCCUGUUUCAAUGCAAACCCCAGAACUGGACCGAUCAGAAGAAACCAGCGCCGACCAUGACCUACUGGGUGAUCGGGCGAAUGCUCCUUGAACCAGUUCCUCAGGAGUUUUACGUCUGUUUUCAUGACUCUGUGGCCGAGGUUCCUGUGGAAAUGGCCUUUCGCCUGUCUUUCGGUCUGGCCGUGUAGCAGAAACGGGUUUAGAUCGAAAACACCAUCAAAACAUACUUUCAGACAGGUAUGGAGGAUACAGAGAGAGAAACCUGCACCGCUGGUUCACACAUAAAGGGAGAGUUCACCUAAAAUUCAAGAUUUAUUGACUUCUCUUUCACUCACAAUCUUGUUUCUUUGUAUUUUGAUGAUAUUACAGUGAAUGACAGCCAUUGACUUCAAUAUAAAUACUUUAAUAGGGAUACUUUAAUCAAAUAAUAGGAGGGAACCUGCAAAAAUAAGGUUUUUUUUACUCAAGAGUUUUUGUUUCUUCUUAAUAAUUAUUUUUUAGGGGUUUUUCACCUUAUUAUGAUAAAGUAUAGUACAGUAGUAACAGUAGAGAUUUCAGACAGGAAAGCAUUGGGAGCAGAUUGAGGGGAAGGAUCGGCAAAGGACCUCGAGACGGGAAUUGAACUCGGGUCGCGGUGAGCACGUCGGCGCUAUUUGUCAGCGCACAGUACCACUAGGCUAUUGGCGCUGACUACUCAAGAGUUUUUCUCUCAUUUCUAGUUCAGAUAUCUAAAAAUUCUUAACUCAAGGAGGGUUUGUUGUACAAUUAAAUCGAAUUGUUAAUAUUGUUUGUA